AUGAGUUACAACUUCGAAACAUGCUUCUGGGAUAAGGAUGACGGGGGUGUCAAUAUUUUGCUUUCACACAUUUCUGCUGGGAUAAAAUCCUGUGACACAAUGGUCCAUUUCUUUAGACAGAAAUGCGAAACUGAGAAAGAUUAUACAAGAAGACUGGGUGCCAUUAAUGAGAAAUUUUCAAAGGAUCAGAUUGCCAAUCCUGAAUUCGGGAACCUAUCAAAUUUGAUGGACACUUUAUUAGAGGUAGAGAAAGUGAAAGCACAAGCUCAUGCGAAGCAGAGUGAAAUUAUAUUUAGACAAGUUUACAGUGACGUGAAGGUUUUCGCUGCUGAAUUGCAAGCAAGAUAUACCACUGUCAGUGGGAAGAUUGAAAGUUUAAGAUUAGAUAAAUACAAUAAAAAGAUGGGAUGUGGAGACCUUGCUAAACGUUUGGAAAAGGCUGAAAUUCGUGUUCGUGAUUUACAAUUGAAUCAGAAUAAUAUUAUUGGUUCCAAAAGGGUAGAGCAAAAUCAAAGAGAUUUAGCAAAGUGGGAAUCAAAUAAACGUGAGUUUCAAAACCAAUUAAACAUUUUAAAACAGGAAUAUAAAGCCUCUCAAAAAUAUUGGAUCCAAGAAUGGGGGGAAUUAACGAUUGAACUUCAAAGAAUGGAAACUGCUAGAAUUUCCUUCUUACAGGCAAAGAUGCAACAGUAUCUACAAGCAUCAAUGGAAACAUGUAUUUUAGAGCAAUCAAAAAUGGAUCUAAUGAUUAGUCGUUUAAGUGGGUUUACACCAAGUGAUGAUAUUUCUAAAUUUUCCAGCGAAUAUGGAACUGGGCGUCUAAAGAAGGAAAAACGAAAUAGAAAGUCUUUUAACACUGAUUUCGAUAAAAGUCAAAAUUCCUAUUCUGUUGGGGGUCUUGAAUCUGUCAAUUCUAAAAGGCACUCUUAUAUUGAUAAUGUAAGAAUGUUUUCAUCACAGUUGAAACAAAACAGUUCCAUAACUUCAGAUGAAAUUAAUAGGAAACCAAGACCCGUUUCCGUUAUUGACAAGAUACGGUUACAAAAGGAAUUACCCCAUCCAAAUAUAACUCAUUCUAUUCCUAAUGAUGAACAUAUUUCAGAAAUAUAUGAACCUUCCAACGUUUCUGCACCACAAACAAUUUCAGAUCCCUAUGAGAAUGACGACUCACAAGCCUACCCAUUUCCACAAGUACGAAAAAGAGAGGCCACCACCAAACAAGACAAUUCUUAUUACUCAGAAGAUAAGAAUGAUACUGUAAAAACAAAUAUAUAUAGCCCCAGAAGUACACAAGCGACUAAACAACCUGCUUCCUUUGGAUCUGACUCUUCCCCCUCUGAAUAUUCUUCUAAUUCAACUGAUUUUACCACGCACGUUAAAAAUCGUCAAAGUAUUGACUCCAUGACUACGUCUGUUAGCUCAUUGGCGUCAAGUAUUGACGACUCACAAAGGUUUGUGAAAUCUUGGAAUUCAGCAAACAGAAAAAGAAAAUCAAUGAGUCAUAUUCAAUUAUCAAGUUCUCAAAUGGAGAACGAAGAAGAAUCUAGAACGGGGAUGAUGCAGAAUAUAAACAAUACAGAAAAGGACACUCAACGUAAUGAACGUCCGUCAAUGGCAAGAGCGGGAAGCACGGGUACUAUUCGAAGGAAUCAUAGAUCCGAAAACUUAGAAAAGGAUUCACGUCAUGAUUUGGAGAUACCGAACAACACUCAAAAGAAAGUCUCGGUAUCAGGAAAACGUCUUCCAGGGAAAGUGUUGGAUAAUGGGAUUAUGGUAACUUUACCGAUAAAAACAAAAAAUGGAGAAACUGUUAUACAUUAUGCCAAAGCAUUAUUCCCACUUUUAGAGACAAAUGCCCCUGGUGUUGCUCACUUUGAUCAAGAUGAUUAUGUAUUAAUCACAGAGGUUAUUAAUGAUAAUUGGUAUAGGGGAGAGAUAUACGAUAAUGAUAGAAUUGCUCCAGAAUACAGUAUGGGAUUAAUUCCUUUUAACUUUAUUGAAAUUUUGAGCUAA